AUGUCGACAGUGAGCGUGCACACAAACGAGUGUAAAACGUGCGGUAACCACGGAUUGGCCAGUGACAACUGGCGGGAGACUGGUUUGUUCAACUACAACAACAGCUACCUGGUGGAGCUGGCUAUCCUGUACAGAUGCCUGGAGGCGUUCACCAGGGGUACGACUAUAAGCGCCUUCUUCGAGACGUUAUUAGAACCUUUGGCGAGUGACCUGGUCUGGAUCAAGGCGAACCCUGAUCUCAGCAAAAGAUGCCUGGAGGCGUUCACCAGGGGAACGACUAUAAGCGCCUUCUUCGAGACGUUAUUAGAACCUUUGGCGAGUGACCUGGUCUGGAUCAAGGCGAACCCUGAUCUCAGCAAAAGGGCUCCUCAUUUCGCCAAAACUCAGAUAAUAAUCGAUCCUGUUUUCCAGUUCGGUAUUAUCCUUGGGCCGGUAUCGAAGGCAGUUAACUUGGCGGCCACGAGAGCUGUGGCAGCUCUCCGGGAGGCAGGAAUUCGGGUGAUCUCCUUGUUCGAGGUUCUCAUUUUCACGUACGUCGGGCUCCGAAACAUCGCCGAAGAUAAACCAGGCAUGCUAGAGCUAGUGGCUACCGGGUGGACCCUACGAAGGCCUUUCCACGGAGUAGUGCCUGUCGGGACCACCGCUGAGAGCUUGGACGCAGUCAGCACUAGUGACGCCGAAAAGCACUUGCGGAAAGUGCUAGUGGUUGCGCGCGGGGCCAGGAAUGGAAAGGGUGCAUGCUUGCCGGAUUGGCUUGUUGCGGAGGAUUUCGUGGACGGUGACACUUCAACCCUCUAUGCUAUCCAGGUGGACGGGUUGCAUGCAUACGCGGCGGAAUUCGGCGUUGGGUUUUCGGUUUGCCCUUUGUGAUGCAAUCAUUGACUUUGCGCACGGGUGGACGAGCACUGUUUAGCGGUUUCAAAAACGAAGGCUGUAUCCAUCCCUCCACACAAUUCGCCUCUCGCUAGCCCUCUAGAGUCCAUCCUUCAGAAUCGCUUGCCUGGGAUUCCCUGCGCGUCGGGCCGUUGGCAAACUGUUUUCGAUCCUCCUCCUUCCUUGUCGUUCCAUAUGUACGCGUGGUGAUAUUUGAGGUGUGUUCGAACAGCCAACCUUUGCCGCUUCUAAUUGUUGCUGCAGUCAAAGUCAAAGGUCGUGGUCGAGAGGUGCACAAACUCUGCUGAGUGGUUCCAAAAUCGAAGCUCCCAUCUACUCCUCCAAACAAUCCACCAGUCCCAAGCCCUCCUUAAUAGAGAUUCGCCUGUCGCGUGCGCGCCUUCGCUUUUCCCUGUGCGGUGUGCUGUCGGUUUGAAACGCGUAGUCAGAAAUAAGGCGUUGUCCAACAGCCACUCCUUUUCCUCGCGUGCGGAUUGCUGCAGGCAAAGACAAAGUUCAUUGUCGACGGAGUACAGCCGAUUGGCGAGAAAGAGCGCAAGAUCGCAGAGAGUGCCAUUCGCUGCGGCAUCGGGUGUGGAGACGGUGUGCACUCUAUCAUAGCCCUUCAGAUUUCUCUGGCGGUAGACGUCCCCCCUCAUGAGAGCGCGAAGAACUUCAAGGUGGCCGGGUACGAUUGCGUCUGGCAUGACACCACCUUCGACGACAAGUCGUCCGAGCACGCCAAAUAUAAGAUGUGGCAGUCGGGGAUGUUUGUGGGCCCAGACGGACCUCACGAGAAGAACCACAGCAAGGAGUGCCAGCGGCAGUACAGUGGUUUCACGACGUGUGAUGAGCUUGCCGGGAUCAACCUGAACCCGCACGAACAGGACCAUUCGAAGAAGGCGCGUUGUACCUUCGAUCGCUCAAUACCAUGACAUUUUCCAACUUGACUUUCGCGCUGAGGGUGAUCAACGAGCGUCAAAACCAGGGGUUCAACAGAAAAACCCUGAGGACGCUUUUAGCAAGUGUCACGGAACACCCAAAAGAUAGCUUUGAUGGCUGUGAAGCCGCCCUGUAGAGGUGCGGCAGGUGCUUUUGCCGGAAGCCCGUCAUGCGCGUAUUCGACUGCCUGGGGAGGGUGGACAUUGUCAUGCUUGCUACGGUGCUGGGGUCGACCGCUUGAAAAUUGCAGAAUGGGGGAAAACAUGGUAGAGUAUUGUUCACGUUGGGAUUGUGCCUGAAGAGUUGGAGGUGGGCGAAAGUCAGAAAGGUAUCCGAAUGAAAGUUCGGCCGGGCAGGCGUUUUGUAAUUUGUCGCGUGGGACGUAGUGCUUUGGUGGACGUGCAAGGUGCAUCUGCGAGGUAUUGGAAUGUAGUAUGUUUGUUGACGGGUUGACCACCGACCGCCAAACCCUUGCUAGUGCCACCACUUUCGUGUGUUUGCGGAUUUCAACCCGUGUUUAGGGUGGGUGAUGCACAUGGUGGUGAUCCAAUGACGUGUUUCAGGGCACACGCCCGUUGUGUACAAUUGUAGAUUCAGUUUGAGAUGGUCUGGUGUUGUUUCGCCUUGUUGGGCCCGUGGUGUGCGUGUCGGUCCCCGACGCAGCGAUGCAUGGUGCAGCGAGAGUGCUUCGUAGGAGCUGAAAUUUUCGAGCAUCCUUGUCCUCCUCUGCCUGUGGCUCCUGUUUCGCGUGCAUGCUGGAUUGUACUGUGAAGCGGGCCUAAACCAGGGGCUAGGCCACAACGCUUUUGGUGUGCGUAUGUUCACAUGAUCUAUUCUUCAGAGUUGUCGUUGGUGAUACAGCGGGACAUUUGCACUCGACAAGGUGUGAAACAAAACGUUUACACUCACCACGUGUAAAAAAUGACGUGGUCAACAAACACUGGCAUUGUUGUGAUUGUCGGAAAUGCGCCGUAAGGGUACCCAACUCAGGUUGGACAUCCACAAUAAGCCAACAUCUCUGCUUGCUCGACUCGUCUAGAUAGUCGGUGGGCACGAAGUCUACUGAUUUUCUGAGUAACGUCGACCGGAACACGUUGGAGACGGGCGCGUCCCCACCCGCUAGUGGGGGACACGGGGGGCAUCGAUAAACAUUUCGGCAUUUUUUCGGAUUGAGAUGGUACCCGAACGCGUGCCGCGUGAUGAGUAUGAGUGCCGGGCCCAAUUCGUCCUUUUCCAC